ACAGCACAGGCGGCGGCGGCGGCGGCGGCGGCGGCAGCGGCCGUGGGCCAGGUGAGCUCGACUUCCGGAGGAAACGGCCGAGGCGAAGGCUGCUGCGGCGCCGAGGAACUGCAGCAGUCCAUCUUGUCCCCACCCAUCGUGGCAUGGAAGAUACAUUUGAGGAAGCAGAUCAUCAACCAGCAGGCCCAGGGAUGGUCAUGGAUGGCCUGGAAUCAGGGGAAAUCACUCCGCCCACCAAGAGGAAAAGUAAGUUCUCAGGCUUUGGCAAAAUCUUCAAACCCUGGAAAUGGAGGAAAAAAAAAAGCAGUGACAAGUUCAAAGAAACAUCAGAAGUUCUAGAGCGGAAAAUAUCCAUGCGAAAGCCAAGAGAGGAGCUGGUUAGAAGAGGGCUUCUGUUGGAGGACCCUGUGCAUGCAGGUGGAGAAGAUUCUGGGAAGUUCAGCCAUGGUUCAUUAAAGAAUGGCCACACCAUUCCAAUUGGGAAUGCUGGGCCUUCUAAUCCCGGCCAAAUGGAGGAGGAACUGGGAAGGAUAACAAGGUUUAAGAAGCCUCUUCCAGGAGAGGAACCAAAGACGCAACCAGGCUCAUCUGGAAGCCGGCCCAGUUCUGAAGUGGAGCCCAUUCCCGAGCCAGCACCCAAGCCGCUUUUACCCCGACCCAAAAGACCCUUGUCAUCUUCUCAGGAAGAAAGCAAUGGGCAAGCAGACACCGCCACUGGUGGCAGCACUGCAAGGACCGUCUCCACCUCCUCCUCCACCUCUUCUUCCUCUUCCUCCACAGCACCCACUGCCAGCACCGCCACCCCAAGCCUAGCAAAGACAGUUAGUUCCUCCAGCACCCCCUCCCCAUCUCCCAGGACUCUGCCUGCUGUUCCUGUCAGCACUAACACGACUGCUACCUUGAAUACGCCCCACACUGCCCCUGCCAAGCAGCCCCCCAUCCCUCCCCCUAAACCAGCUAGCAGAAAUAGUAACCCUGUUAUUGCUGAACUUUCACAAGCAAUCAACAAUGGCACAUUGCUGGCAAAGCCAUCACCACCUUUACCACCCAAGAGAGGGAUUCCUCCUCCUCUUACGCCUUCCUUGGAGUGUGCUGCUGCCGCAACAAAACCUUCAAGUGGCCAGAGAGAGGGGACUAGUUCCUCUGCCUCCAAUUCAGUCCAGAUUAUCCCACCUCCCUCCCCUUCUCCCCCUCUGCCUACUCAUAUACCUCCUGAACCCCCAUGUUCUCCUCCAUUGCCUCCCAAGACUCUUCAAAUUGUGCCAGAAAUUGAGCACCCACCCUCUUUAGAACUACUCCCAGAAGUCCCUCAGCUGGAAGAUCAGGCCUUGGAAGUACCCAAGAGGACUCCUGAGCAGAGCUUUGGAGAGUCUCUCUUACCCUCCCGGCUUCCCCCACUACCCCUGCACAUCCGCAUCCAACAAGCCUUGACCUCCCCUCUGCCCAUCACCCCGCCAUUGGAGGAGUCUCAAAGGGCUCAUUCCUUGCUAUUUGAGAACAGCAAAGGCUUUUCUGAAGACAAUGGUACUCUGGGUCGGACCAGGUCUCUCCCUAUCACCAUUGAGAUGCUUAAAGUUCCAGACGAUGAUGAAGAAGAAGAGGAAGAUGAUCAACCUUGUCCAUCAACUUACGUUGGAGAGGUGGCAUCUACCACAGUCCUUCCAAAGCUCCUACCACAGUGUGUGCAGGAGGAGGAGGAAGAAAAGGAGAGCGACUCUGAUUCUGAGGGCCCCAUUUUGUAUAGAGAUGAAGAAGAUGAAGAUGAAAGCCAACACAGUGCUCUGGCUAACAAAGUGAAGAGGAAAGAUACUCUGGCCAUGAAGUCCAAUAGCAAACCUAGUGAUUCAGACCUGGGCCUGAACUCUUGGCCUCGAAAGAGCAAGGAGGAGUGGAAUGAAAUCCGACAUCAGAUUGGGAAUACAUUGAUUAGGCGGCUGAGUCAGAGACCAACGGCAGAAGAAUUGGAGCAAAGGAACAUUCUCCAGCCCAAAAAUGAAGCUGACCGGCAAGCAGAAAAACGAGAAAUCAAACGUCGACUCACCAGGAAGCUUAGUCAGAGGCCUACAGUUGCUGAACUCUUAGCCAGGAAAAUCCUGAGAUUUAAUGAGUAUGUAGAGGUAACGGACGCUCAGGACUAUGACCGGCGAGCUGACAAGCCCUGGACAAAGUUAACCCCUGCUGACAAGGCUGCCAUUCGGAAGGAACUCAAUGAGUUCAAAAGUUCAGAGAUGGAAGUUCAUGAAGACAGCAAACAUUUUACACGCUUCCAUCGACCAUGAUGCUGACUUGGGAGAGGAGCUUAAAGGCCCCCAAAACAGGGGCUGCUUUCCUACUUCAGUCUCUCGAUACAUGGAAGACCCUUUAUGUCUUGUCCACAAAUGGACUCGCCAUAGUUCUAAGGUGGAUGGCAUCUUUCUGAAUGUAGCAUUUCACUGGAACAAAUGAUCGGAAGGACCCCUGGGACCAGACUGAACACUGUAGCAGUGCUUUUCCACCUUCGUGGACUGCAUCUCACACUUCAAGGGGAGCCCAGAGUUCUCGGGAGGAUUUUUCAGGUUGUACAUUUUGCUGCCCCUGAGAAACUGCUGCCCUGUGUGAAUGCGCUCUAGUACUGCUAGUGUAGUGCCCUGCCCGGUAGCAUCAUGGCAGAAUCCCCACCACCCAACCCAGACUGGAGCUGGCAGCACCUGCCUCCUGGGAAAAAGACGUGCUGCCCCUCCUCACGCCUGCCCUUCAUCCGGCUCAGCAGUUGCCAGGACAUACAGGGAGAGUGUUCUGGCCUACUACAAGGGUGUGUCUGUCAUUAAUUAAGGCCAGUCAGAAAGCACUGUCUUAUACCUCGAGUAACACAGCAAUACUCCCUUCAUCGGACAGUUGGGCCUGAAAGGAUGCCCAUGAUCCAUUGACUCUUCCAUUUUGACACCAAUCAGCCAGGUUCUUUUUUGUAAAUAGUCUUGAAGAAAUAGUGGGAACAUCUAUUUUUCCUGUUGGGCUUUUGUUUAUUUGUUUAGUUUGAGCUGCAACACCAGAUUCUGAGUUGGUGAAAAUGGGAAAUGUGUAUAUAUAUUUUCUUGAUGCAAAAACAAAACAAAAAAACUACCCCACAAGUAGGCAGGAAACUGACACAACUAUGACUUCUCUGUGAUUGGCUUAUGUAUUUUAUUGUACCAAAUGAUAGGCUGAAUCACUACUGACCAAGAACUGUGUUCUCCCACAGAACCAAGCUGGAUUGAUUCUAUGGGGAGGGUCCCUUUCCUACCACCAGCCAGAAGCACAGUCAUGCCCAGUGGGCUGUGGCUCAUCAAAUCACAGUGACGGUGCUUUAGGGAACAAGAAAAAGCAGAAUCAUGCAUUGCUUCCCUCUCUUGUCCCCAUGGCAGCUUCAGCCCAAAGCAGUUGGCCCUCUCCUGCUGCAUUUGCCCCUUCACAUCCUUAUCAUGUUCUCUCUUCCUUCCUUCCCCCAGUGCCCACACACUGAUUGCUUCAUCUCUCCCUAGCCGCUCAAACCUCAACUCAUUUCUCUUCUAGUGAACCCUAGGGUGUGCACCUGGUGCCUAGACCCUGUUUGACAUCCCACCCCCAACUCUGUUCCACGAAGGGCUCUCAUCCCUGUUCAUCAUUUUUGCUAUGUCUUAAAAUGAAUGACUCAGAUGCUCUUAGAUUUUUUUGAAAACCAUCUGACCUCCUGUAUUUCCCUCCAAUUCAUACCGAUAAGAGGAGAAAAAAACUGAGUCCUGCUUCCACUGCUGAA